GGCAGCAGGCAGGUGAAAGACCACUGACAGCGGUUCAUUUUCCUGUUUGCGGCUGAGGAGUGUUUGUGCUGGAGAUGAGAAGAACUCCUGAAAGCUUCUGAAGGAAUUUUUAUUUCUUCCUGGAUCAACAUCAGAAAUAUAAAAACGGUACGAGGAUGCGUGAAUGCAACAGGUGGUCGGUGCUGAGAUGGCAGACCUGCACCUUAUUGCUGCUGCUGGCCACGCAGAUAAAAUCCCAGCGAACAGAAGAAAAUGGUGUCACUUUGCUCCAGCUAAUUGGAGACCCUCCACCAGACGAUAUAAUCAAGGUCUCUGGACCAACAGGCGAUCCUGCCUACCAGUUUAGCUCCUUAGCUGCCAUGGGCCAGCUGGCUAUAGCCCACGUCCCUAACCCUUUCUACCGCCACUUCUCCCUCAUCUUCAAAAUCAAACCUACCACCUCCACCGCCUCCGUCCUCUUCUCCAUCAUAGAUGGACCCCAGAAGUUCAUGUACAUCGGCGUCAAGCUUAGCGCAGUGAAAACUGGCCGUCAGAAGCUGCAGUUUUUCUACACCGAACCCGACUCUGAAGCUUCAUAUGAGGCAGCCAGUUUUGACAUGAAGAGUCUGGAGAACAAAUGGAGCCAGUUUGCAUUGUCUAUCUACGAAGAUCAGGUGACUUUCUACCCAGAGUGCGAUGUGGAGCCAGAGGUGGUGAAGUUUGAGCGCUCACCAGAUCCGAUGGACCUCGACUCAGGGGCUGGGAUCUUUGUGGGUCAGGCAGGAGGAGCUGACCCUGACAAGUUUGAGGGUUUAAUCUCAGAGUUUAAAUUGGUGGGAAGCCAUCAGGCAGCUGAGCGUUUUUGUGACUACGACGACUACCCUGAUGAAGCUUCUGGUGACUUCGGCAGCGGUGAAAUUGAGAGGAGGCAGAAAGGACAAACUGUGAAGACCACUCCUCCAUCCCUCCGUCCAGUCCCAGAACCCCCGCAGACAUCCUCAGACAGCGCCAGAGUGACACACACAGGUCCUGGGAGUGCUAAAGGUGUGAAAGGUGACAGGGGAGAGAAAGGUUCAAAGGGGGACCGAGGCCCUGCUGGGCCGAAGGGCGAUUCAGGCAGCAGCCUUGGUUCCUCCUCACAGGGUGGAGCACAAGGACAAAAGGGAGAAAAAGGUGCAAAGGGUAGCUCUGGCAGUGGAUACAAUGGUAAUAAAGGAGAACGUGGGUUUCCAGGGCCUCCUGGGCCACCUGGUCCUCCAGGUCCUGCAGCUGAAGUUAUCCGACUUGGGGAUGGCUCUGUUGUACAGCAGGUAGCCGGACCCUCUGGACCACCUGGGCCACCAGGGUUAGAUGGGCCUCCAGGACCUCCAGGGGCAGAUGGGGAGCCGGGUGAUCCAGGAGAGGAUGGAAAAGCUGGUCCUGCUGGGUCACAGGGUAUUCCAGGAUUUCCAGGAACUUCUGGUGCCAAAGGCCAAAAGGGUGAACGUGGAGAGAGCCAACCAGGACCCAGAGGCCCUCCAGGUCUGCCAGGUCCUCUUGGGCCUGGCACUGGAGAUCGUCCUACAUUUGUUGACAUGGAGGGCUCAGGAUUCCCAGACUUGGAAAAAAUCCAGGGUCUACGUGGUCCCCCAGGUCCUCCUGGUCCUCCUGGCCUUCCAGGAAUCCCUGGUACUUCAGUGGCACUUGGACCUGACGGACCAGUAGCUUUUGGACCUCCUGGAUCACCAGGUCAAGAUGGAGCUCCUGGUCUGCCAGGCCCACCUGGUCCUCCUGGUCUACCUGGUCGACCUGGACCCAGAGGGGAAAAGGGUGACAGUGGUUAUCUCGGUCUUCCAGGACCAGCUGGGGACAAGCAAGACACACAAGAGCCCAACUUCUUCAACGACCUCUUCUCUUACUUUGCUCCGCCUUCUUUGGGCAGUCAAGGUGACCCAGGACUGACUGGCAUACCUGGGCAAACUGGUCUGGCAGGACUUCCUGGUCCAAUGGGACCAGUUGGGCCUCCAGGACCUCCGGGACCCCCGGGACCACCAUAUGGUGUUGGCUUUAGCAACCAAGAUGGGUAUGAGGUGACCAGUGGCUUUCCUGGUCUCAGAGGUCCAGCUGGACCACAGGGUCCACCUGGAAUUGCAGGUCUUCCUGGCAAGCCUGGUUUGCCUGGUGACCAUGGAAACAAAGGAGCAGAGGGACCAAGAGGACCUCCUGGGAUUCCAGGUGUGGAUGGAUACCCUGGUCUGCCGGGUGAAAAAGGUGACAUAGGAGAGAAGGGACAGAUGGGUCUCCCAGGAAGAGAGGGUGGCCCACCCGGACCCCCAGGGCCUCCUGGACCUCCAGGGCAAAUCGCCUAUCAGUCACCAAGAGAUUAUAACGAAGUUUACUGGAACGAAGUUGGACAGGGAGGUUCUGAUACUUCAGGUCGAGCAACAUUACCAGGGCCCAGUGGGCCAAAAGGAGAAAAGGGGGAUUCAGGCCCUCCAGGAUAUGCACCUAAGGGAGAAAAGGGAGAGCCUGGCAUUAUUAUGGGGCCUGAUGGGAGACCUUUAUACCUGGGAGGCAUGGCAGGACAACCGGGUGAGAGGGGAAUUCCUGGACCGGUGGGACCUCCAGGUCCGCAAGGUCCUUCAGGCCUGAAGGGAGAGAUCGGUUUCCCUGGCAGACCGGGUCGACCAGGACUGAACGCUGCCAAAGGAGAGAAAGGAGAUUCAGGCAGUGGGUCUGGAUAUGGUUACCCUGGUCCCCCAGGUCCACCAGGGCCCCCCGGACCUCCUGGACCUCCUUCUUCCAUCGAUGGAGUCAGAGGUCAUGAUGAUUACUCGAGGUAUUACCCCGUUAAAGGAGAGAAAGGUGAUCGUGGACCUCCAGGAUUUCUUGAAAUUCCAGGUUACGGGUCGGGAUUUGAUUUCUACGCUUUGAAGAAUGAAUUGAAAGGUGAGAUGGGUUUGAAAGGUGAAAAAGGAGAACCUGGAGGAGGAUAUCAUGACCCACGCUAUGGUGGGAGUGCAGCCGGAGCUCCGGGACCACCCGGACCUCAAGGCCCACAAGGAGACUCCAUUGUUGGCCCACCUGGCCCUCAGGGGCCACCUGGUCCACCUGGAAUAGGCUAUGACGGUCGACCUGGACCACCAGGUCCGCCAGGACCUCCAGGACCGUCCCUGUCUGGGCCUUAUAGGGGCACACAGACAAUCAGUAUUCCUGGACCACCGGGACCACCUGGAGCUCCAGGACUACCUGGAUCCUCCUCAGGAGUGACGUUGUUGAGGUCUUACGAAACCAUGACGGCCACAGCUAGAAGACAACCUGAAGGCACUCUGGUGUACAUUAUAGACCAAACAGACCUCUACCUGCGAGUCCGAGAUGGAGUUCGUCAGGUCCAGCUCGGGGCCUACAUCCCUUUACCAAAUGUGGCUGGUAAUGUGGUUGCAGCUGUAGAGCCGCCACCAGUUAUCCCAUAUUCCCCAGACCAGCACUCCAGCUCUGAUUCCCAGAGGCCAGUUCAGCCUCCGCCGCAGGUGUACCCUGGUCAAACAACUGAUCCCCGAUACUACCCCGACCCACGAUACCAACCAGAUCCACGGUAUCCUUCCCAGACCGAUGACAGGUUUCCAAGCUAUGUAGACCGCUCAAUCCAACCAGAUGGUCGGUAUUCUGCCUCAGUCACCCCUCAACGGAGACCUCCACGUCCUGUACCCCAAACUCCAGUCCACACUCACACUUCAGGUCCAGCGCUCCACCUGAUUGCACUGAACAGCCCUCAGACUGGUGCCAUGCAGGGUAUACGUGGCGCAGAUUUCCUGUGCUUCACCCAGGCUCAGGCCAUCGGCAUGAAGGGAACUUUCCGGGCCUUCCUGUCCUCCAGACUCCAGGAUCUCCACAGCAUCGUCCGCAAGACUGACCGGGAUCACAUCCCAAUUGUCAACCUGAAGGAUGAGGUUCUCUUUGACAACUGGGACGCCAUCUUUAAUGAUGGCAGAAUGAAGGACGGUGUCUCAAUCUACUCCUUCAGCGGCAAAGAUGUUCUCAGAGACAGCACAUGGCCGGAGAAGAUGGCGUGGCACGGGUCGACCAGCGGAGGGCAGCGGCACGUCGACAGCUUCUGUGAGACGUGGCGUGUCGGCGACCGGGCGGUGACCGGCAUGGCGACAUCGCUGCAGAGUGGCAGCCUCACACAGCAGAGCUCCAGCAGCUGCACCAGCUCCUAUGUCGUGCUGUGUGUGGAGAACUGCUACAUCAACAAAGCCAAGAGAUAGACGUACACACACGCUGCACAAAGAGCAUGCAGUCUGAACACACUUUAUCUGUCUUUGCACCGUUUGUGGUGCUUUGUAAAUAGGAUUUUCUAAUGAGUUACUGUAUUAGUGUAUGUGUGUUUGCCCCUUUUGUAUGGUGCUACGCAGGAUCACAUCACAUGUUGAACCUAAGCUGAGCUCAGGUAGCCAUAUUGGAAGCCAACAGGUUUCCAAAGAUGCAGCUGUCAUGAUUGCAUCUGGUUGGAAAGCAGUGGUUUGAAUGUUUGUUUGUGCAGCCGUUUGUCAGAUUUGAGCUUUAACCUGAAUGUAAUGUUAGUCUAAAGCUGAAAUGUAACACAACCCUUUUCUUUUUUCAGAAAUGACGGUUACUGACAGCCUUUAAAGGUGUAUCAUUCAUUGUUUAUCUCUUUAAACAAAAUAUACUUGUAUGAUUUUUUUUAUGUGCAGCAAAAGCCAUACCUUAUCUGUUUCGUGGUUGCAUCUCCCUCCCAGGUCAGAUGUCAAGCUAAACAAAGACUUACUUUGUCUGAGAGCAAAUAGCAUUAAAUACCAGGCUACAGUGCCAGAUUUACUGAGACAAGAGGGAAAAUUUAGAUAAGGCUCUAAUGAGGGAAACUGUUUCGUACAGCACUGAUCUGUGAACAUAGACGCUGUUAGCUUGUCUUCAAAGCAGUUUAUCAAGAGCAGUUACAAUUAGCGUGAAGCUGCACAUUUUUCUUUUCCUGUCAACACAAUACAAACAAAAUGGAUUAGAUUUUUUAUAGAGCUUUAUCAAGGCACCCAAAGCUCUUUUACAUGGCAUAUUCAUUCACACACUGAUGGCGGAAGCUGCCAUGCAAGGCGCUCAACCACGACUCAUCAGGAGCAAUUAGGGGUACGGUGUCUUGCUCAGGGACACCUCGACAUGAGCUUGACAACUGGGGAUCGAACCGGCAACCCUUGGGCUGCAGGACGACCACUCUGCCACAUGCCGCCCCAUUAGCAGGCCAUUAGCAUGACGAAAGUGUUAAGUUGUUUAUUUUCUUGUCACAUAAAGUGAGCUACUAUCACUGGAGUAGGACCUUAAUCUUUCUUUAGUCAGCGAUAACUGUUAUGUAUUUAAAGUGUUAUCACAAUAAAAACAAUACUUUGAACUUAGCUCACAGCUUGCUAUCGCGUUAGCCAACUCUCCAUCUUUUGGUUUGUGUAAAUAGGUGAUAGUAAACCUGUCACACCUGACUGGUUCUUUAACAUUAUCCACUGCAGCCAUCUUUGCAUGACUGAAUUGAGGACCAGGCACAUCACGCAGUGGAGAAGCUGACUGAAAUCUCAGCUUCAGAAACCAGGGGAUGCUGAAGAAACAAUAACCCUGAGGCCCUGUUGACAUGACGCUGAGUUAGUAAAACUUUCAAGUUUUGUUGUUUAAACAAUAACAGCAAAGUGUGAGAACAGGCUCUAGAGUUGCAAUGCGAAUGUUAACGUGAACUGGAAUCUUUGAGCAACCAUGACAUCUGCCACGUCAUCUUUCAUUUGCGCCCUCAGGCUUGUUUACACCUGCAAAUAUAUAUAUAUAUAUAUAUAUAUAUAUAUAUAUAUAUAUAUGUAUAAAUAUUAGAGCAAACAUGAGUUUUUGUAUGUUAAAUGUAUGUUUUUAACCUCUUCCCACUGUUUUCUGCAAUCCACAGCACUUGAGUAAUAUUUUCUACACGGGAAGAUAUUUACAAAUGGUACUUUUUAGCAGCAACACAUUUUUAUUUUUUAUAAAACUCUGCUUUAUCUACUCCAUCUGUAAUGUGUGAUAUGGAUGCUUUCACAAACAAGGAUGACUGGAAGUUUGCUCACACACACAAAGGAAAUAAAUAUAAUCUUCUGUGCGGAUGUGUGACAAGGAUUCAGCCGUGAAUGCGUUGCUGCCUGUUUUUGCAUUUUCAUGUACUAAUAACAAAUCCAGCUGUAGCUCAACGUAUUGAAAUGCUGCGUCUUGUUGAAUAAAACUUGUGUGGAGAUCUGUGUUUUAAAGUGAUGGAAUGAGAUGGACUUUGUUUGUAUGGUUUAGUUAAAAUAAUUUUUAGAAUAAUCGUUCCAGAGUCUCUAAGGUAUCAUAAAAGUGGGCUGUUUCUCUUGUG